AACAGAGCGAGAGCAGAGAGAAUACAGAGGACAAGCGAAGAAGAGAGAUCCAUGAAGUCCCGGGAAUCUCCUCUCCUCCUGCUGAGCCUCGCUUGCUUGAUCUUCUCGUCGCUUCACGUUCCGGCGUCUUGUCAACGCUCUUCAGGACGACCCAGGUCGAUCGUCGCGCGUCGAGCUCUCCUCAGCUUCAAGGAGACUCCAAAGGGUGGUAACACCUCCUACGAUUGCUCUCCUUCUGGGGCUUGCGUUCCCUGCCUUUAUUCCGAGAAGAAAGAUGAAAAGUAUCGCUGCAGUGAGACCAGCUAUCGUAUCCCUUUGAAAUGUGUAGAGAUAGGGAAUAGUAAUGUUGUUAGUGGCAAAAAAUCUCAUAGUGGGCGCCUGGCAAUGGAAACCUUUCAUAAGAAAGUAAAGGGACUUGAUAUGCUGCAUGAAGAUGCUGAGCCUACUAAGUCGAUGAGUGUCAGAGCUUUACUGGAUGACUCGUCCAAAUCCAAAGCUGGGCCAGGAGAAUACAUCACUUACAGAAGCUGUAUACCAGCUUUAAAUGAGGAGAAGUUGUCAGUCAUUGGGUUUGAGGUCAUCCUAUUAUGUCUGUUACUUGUGAGCGGCUCAUUUAUCUACCUCAGGAAAAAACGUUCUGUCACUACAAUGCCAGGGGUUGCAGGAGUAAGGAUCCCAACAAAUUCUAGAUUUUAGGUCACAUAGUUGGUGGCAUCUUGAGGUGUGUCCCGUAAGUAACUGACAUGUCAAAAAGUGCAUGCAAGUUGCAUGUGAUUUUUGUAUGCACUUGGAAUUGCUGAUGGCAGGUCUUUGUGUGAUCUGUGAAUCAUUCGACAUAAGGGAGGGGAACAUAUUGCAAGUGGUCAUUCUUUCAGAUUUCGUCCAGUCUUUUGAGCAUGAGGAGACAGUAAGCUGGCCAAACGGAAGGGUAUAAUAAUAGUGCUUUGAGGCAAUUUUACGUAUUCUCUCCAGUUUUCUGUAAGUUCUUCCAGCUUUCACUUUCUACACUGUAAACCCUUGUAAAGAUGAAAAGUGCUCGAUUGCAUAUGCAUUCGUGGUUUGGACCUGGAAUACUAUGAAGCUGACUUGUUGAGAGGAAUUUUUGGCUGCCUUUUCUUUUCCA